GCCGCGGGCAGCGGGGUCCCCGCACCCGAGCGGAGACGCGGGCGCCGCGGCUCCACCGCGGGGCCUCGGAGGGUGGGGGGCGCAGACCUGCGGAGCCUGCGGCCGGCGGAAGUUACUUUACAGGUUUUUCCCUUCCAAACAAUUCUGCAAUAAAUAUCCGUGUUUGAACUUCUGUGCAACCAGAUCCAAACAUAGAGUACUGGGGCGCCUGGGUGGCUCAGUCACUUGAGCAUCCCACUUCAGCUCAGGGUGGCCGUAGGAGGAGGAGAGGAGAGGAAAUGAAGAGAAAGAACUGAAAUAGCUCCUUCCAGAAGAAAAGGGAAACACGUUCGGCAGCAGACCCCCAGUCUUACAAAGCAGCAGCCCCGCCUGGGAGCAGGGUGGUGGCCAGGGCAAUGGUGGGAGCCCUGAAGAUGCCCCAUGGCUGCUGAGGGGGCCGCCCGGUCAGGGAGCGGAGUGGCGGGCAUGGUGUGCAGUCUCUGGGUCCUGGGGCUGGCGUCCUCAGUUCUGGCUCUGGAAGAGGUACUUCUGGACACCACUGGAGAGACAUCCGAGAUUGGCUGGCUCACCUACCCACCAGGCGGGUGGGAUGAAGUGAGCGUUCUGGACGACCAGCGACGCCUGACUCGGACCUUCGAGGCAUGCCAUGUGGCAGGGGCCCCUCCGGGCACCGGGCAGGACAACUGGCUGCAGACACACUUUGUGGAGCGACGAGGAGCGCAGAGGGCACACAUCAGACUCCACUUCUCCGUGCGGGCGUGUGCCAGCCUGGGCGUGGCCGGAGGCACCUGCCGGGAGACCUUCACGCUUUACUACCGCCAGGCGGAGGAGCCCGAUGGCCCCGACAGCGUUUCCUCCUGGCACCUCAAACGCUGGACCAAGGUGGACACGAUUGCAGCAGACGAGAGCUUCCCCGCCUCCUCCGCCUGGGCCGUGGGCCCGCGCGGCGCUGGGCAGCGGGCCGGGCUGCAGCUGAAUGUCAAAGAGAGGAGCUUCGGCCCCCUCACCCAGCGCGGCUUCUACGUGGCCUUCCAGGACACGGGGGCGUGCCUGGCCUUAGUGGCGGUCAAGCUCUUCUCCUACACCUGCCCCUCCGUUCUCCGCGCCUUCGCCUCCUUCCCUGAGACGCAGGCCAGUGGGGCCGGAGGCGCCUCCCUGGUGGCCGCCGUGGGCACCUGUGUGGCUCACGCAGAGCCAGAGGAGGAUGGAGGUGGGGGACAGGCCGGGGGGAGCCCCCCCAGGCUGCACUGCAAUGGGGAGGGCAAGUGGAUGGUAGCUGUUGGGGGCUGCCGCUGCCAGCCAGGGCACCAGCCCGCCCGCGGAGACAAGGCCUGCCAAGCCUGCCCCGAGGGCUCCUACAAGGCCAUGGCUGGGAACGCCCCCUGCUUGCCCUGCCCAGCCCGCAGCCACGCCCCCGACCCUGCGGCGCCUGUUUGCCCCUGCCUUGAGGGCUUCUACAGGGCCGGUUCCGACCCCCCAGAGGCCCCCUGCACUGGCCCGCCUUCGGCUCCCCGGGAGCUUUGGUUCGAGGUGCAAGGCUCAGUGCUCAUGCUGCACUGGCGCCUGCCUCAGGAGCUGGGGGGACGCGGGGACCUGCUCUUCAAUGUCGUGUGCAAGGAAUGCGGAGGCCACCAGGAGCCUGGCACGGGCACCCCGGGCGCCUGUCGCCGCUGCAGGGAUGAGGUGCACUUCGACCCCCGCCAGAGGGGCCUGACUGAGAGCCGAGUGUUAGUUGGGGGGCUCCGGGCACAUGUGCCCUACAUCCUGGAGGUGCAGGCUGUGAACGGGGUGUCAGAGCUCAGCCCCGACCCUCCCCAGGCUGCCGCCAUCAAUGUCAGCACCAGCCACGCAGUUCCCUCUGCAGUCCCUGCAUUGCACCAGGUGAGCCGGGCAUCCAACAGCAUCACGGUGUCCUGGCCACAGCCAGACCAGACUAACGGGAAUAUCCUGGACUAUCAGCUCCGCUACUAUGACCAGGCAGAAGAUGAAUCCCACUCCUUCACCCUGACCAGCGAGACCAACACAGCCACCGUGACCCAGCUGAGCCCUGGCCACAUCUAUGGCUUCCAGGUGCGGGCGCGGACUGCCGCAGGCCACGGCCCCUACGGGGGCAAGGUCUAUUUCCAGACGCUGCCUCAAGGUGAGCUGUCCACCCAGCUGCCAGAGAGACUCUCCUUGGUAAUUGGGUCCGUCCUGGGGGCCUUGGCCUUCCUCCUGCUGGCGGCCAUCACCGUGCUGGCUGUCGUGUUCCGGAGGAAGCGGCGUGGGACGGGCUACACAGAGCAACUGCAGCAGUACAGCAGUCCAGGACUUGGGGUGAAGUAUUACAUCGACCCCUCCACGUACGAGGACCCCUGCCAGGCCAUCCGGGAGUUUACCAGGGAGGUGGAUCCCGCGUAUAUCAAGAUCGAGGAGGUCAUUGGGGCAGGCUCCUUUGGUGAAGUACGCAGGGGCCGCCUGCAGCCCCGGGGACGGCGGGAACAGGCUGUGGCCAUCCAGGCCCUGUGGGCUGGAGGCACCGAGAGCCUCCAGAUGACCUUUCUGGGCCAGGCUGCAGUCCUGGGCCAGUUCCAGCACCCCAACAUCCUGCGGCUGGAGGGCGUGGUCACCAAGAGCCGGCCCCUCAUGGUGCUGACGGAACUCAUGGAGCUGGGUCCCCUGGACAGCUUCCUCAGGCAGCGGGAGGGCCAGUUCAGCAGCCUGCAGCUGGUGGCCAUGCAGCGAGGAGUGGCCGCAGCCAUGCAGUACCUGUCCAGCUUCGCCUUCGUGCACCGUGCCCUCUCUGCCCACAGCGUGCUGGUGAAUAGCCACCUGGUGUGCAAAGUGGCUCGUCUUGGCCACAGUCCUCAGGGCCCAAGUUGUAUGCUUCGGUGGGCAGCCCCAGAGGUCAUCGCUCACGGAAAACAUACAACGUCCAGUGACGUCUGGAGCUUUGGGAUAGUGAUGUGGGAAGUGAUGAGUUAUGGAGAGCGACCCUACUGGGAUAUGAGUGACCAGGAGGUGCUAAAUGCAAUAGAACAGGAGUUCCGGCUUCCCCCACCUCCAGGCUGUCCUCCUGGACUACAUCUGCUCAUGCUAGACACUUGGCAGAAGGACCGUACCCAGCGGCCCCAUUUUGACCAGCUGGUGGCUGCGUUUGACAAGAUGAUCCGAAAGCCAGACACUCUACAGGCUGACGGUGGCCCUGGGGACAGACCUUCCCAGGCCCUUCUGAACCCUGUGGCCCUGGACUUUCCUUCUCUGGACUCACCCCAGGCCUGGCUUUUGGCCAUUGGACUGGAGUGCUACCAAGAAAACUUCUCCAAGUUUGGCCUCUGCACCUUCAGUGAUGUGGUCCAGCUCGGCCUGGAAGACCUGCCUGCCCUGGGCAUCACCCUGGCUGGCCACCAGAAGAAACUGCUGCACAACAUCCAACUCCUUCAGCGGCACCUGACACAGCCGGGCUCAGUGGAGGUCUGAGGCCUGGGCUCCAGCUGUGCGUGGGCGAUGCCCCGGACAGCCCCGGCCUAGGUCCCAGGAGCGAUAUGCGAGACCAGAGCCAGUCUCCGUCCUGGCCUCCUCCUCGAGAGGCGCCUGCCUCACUACACCCACCCCCCUGGACGCUUCGCUCCCCAGUCCUCCUCUGGCCUCCUCCGCCCUCCCCCGCAUUAAAGGGAAAGAAGAAACUUUGCAA